UUUUUCCCAGACUGAGGCGUCUAUGGACCCUCUGGCUCCACUGCCUUUAUUAUAAACUUGGAGUGCUCUGACAACUUUCUGAACUCAUUGCAUUGGAAGGAAAGACGAGUACUUGAUGGGACGCAGCACCGGCAGCACCAGCAGCACCAGCAGGCUCAUCUGGAGACUGCAUCUUGACUUUCAGCUGGAGAUAAUACCCUUCCUCGGGCAAUGACAGGGCAACUCCUGACCCUUCUGACCCCUCUGGCUCUGCUGCUUCUUGUGGGACUUGCAGACCUCAGCCUUGCCUCUGUUGAUGAUGAUGAGGAUUACUACAUGCAGGAGAUGCUCACAAGGGAACGGUACAAUCAGGUUAGGCUGCCGGAGAAUCCCAUUUCCUCGACAGCUGAUGCUCGGGAAGAGGUGAAACAGAACCCAGCAAAGAAUAUGCCUAAAGGAGAGGUGGAAAAUAAGAAGAAAGAUAAAAUCACUGAUCCUACAAAAUCAGUGAAAGCACCCAGCAGAAAGACAGUGAAGAACAAGAAGAGCAGCCUAAAAGAAUCGAACAGCAUCACAGUAGUCCAAGAGUUCAACUCGAUGACAGAGGAAUGCCCUCCCAUUGGAUUGGAGACUCUGAAGAUUGAUGAUUUCCAGCUUCACGCUUCAUCUACGAAACGCUACGGUCUUGGUGCACACAGAGGUCGUCUUAACAUUCAGGCUGGCCUUUAUGAAGAUGACUUGUACGAUGGGGCCUGGUGUGCAGGGAGAGAUGACCCACUUCAGUGGUUGGAGGUGGAUGCCAGGAGGCUGACAAAAUUCACGGGGGUUAUCACCCAAGGCAGGAGCUCCCUUUGGUCAAGCGAUUGGGUGACAUCCUACAAGGUCAUGGGUAGCAACGACAGUCAUACCUGGAUAACCCUUAAGAAUGGCUCGGUGGACUUGCUACAUAUGGAGACUUGCUUUCUAUGUCUUCGGCUGAUUGGACCAAAUAGAAAAAUGAAUUCUUGCUGGAAAAUAAUUACAGGGGAAGAUGUAAAUGCCUGCUUAUUUCCAAGCUUAAUGAACUGUGAGAUAUUCAGCGGCAACAGGGAAAAAGAAAUUCCCAUCCAGAACAUCUUUCCAUCACCUGUGGUUGCUCGGUACAUUCGAGUCAACCCCUGCUCAUGGUUUUACGGUGGUAGCAUCUGUAUGAGAAUGGAGAUCCUUGGCUGUCCUUUGCCAGAUCCUAACAAUUAUUAUCACAGGCGCAAUGAAGUCAUAACAACUGACGACUUGGACUUUAGGCACCACAGCUACAAAGAGAUGAGGCAGCUAAUGAAAGUGGUCAAUGAAAUGUGCCCCAACAUCACACGGAUUUAUAACAUAGGAAAAUCCCAAAGUGGUCUCAAACUGUACGCCAUAGAGAUCUCCGACAACCCUGGCGAACAUGAAGUUGGUGAACCGGAGUUUCGUUACACAGCAGGUUCACAUGGAAAUGAGGUUUUGGGACGAGAGCUCCUCCUCCUGCUCAUGCAGUUCAUGUGUCUGGAAUAUCUAUCUGGCAACCAGCGGAUACGUCACCUGGUGGAGGAGACCAGAAUCCACCUACUGCCAUCUGUCAACCCUGAUGGAUACGAGAAAGCCUUUGAAGUGGGCUCGGAGCUCAGUGGCUGGUCUCUUGGUCGAUGGACUAAUGAUGGCAUAGAUAUCCACCACAACUUUCCAGAUCUCAAUUCCAUUCUCUGGGAGGCUGAGGCAAAGAAGUGGAUUCCUCGCAAAAUGCUCACCCACCACAUCCCCACCCCAGAGUGGUACCUGUCCAAGAAUGCCUCAGUUGCCUUGGAGACACGAGCGCUGAUAGCAUGGAUGGAGAAAAUGCCCUUUGUGCUGGGUGGAAACCUCCAGGGAGGCGAGCUGGUGGUGACCUUCCCAUAUGACAGAACCCGCUCCCAGGGGGUGACCAGGGAGCAGACCCCCACCUAUGACGAACACGUCUUCCGCUGGCUGGCCUUCUCCUACGCCUCCACCCACCGCUUGAUGACUGAUGCCAGCCGACGGGUCUGUCACACAGAAGACUUCGCUAAGGAGGACGGAACCAUCAACGGGGCAUCCUGGCACACUGCGGCCGGCAGUAUGAAUGAUUUCAGCUACCUGCACACCAACUGCUUUGAGCUGUCAAUGUAUGUGGGUUGUGACAAAUUCCCCCAUGAAAGCGAGCUGCCAGAGGAGUGGGAGAACAAUCGAGAGUCUCUUCUUGUUUUCAUGGAGCAGGUGCAUCGUGGGAUCAAAGGUGUAGUCAGGGACCUACAAGGACGAGGAAUUUCCAACGCCACCAUCUCUGUGGAAGGCAUUGGGCAUGAUAUUCGCACAGCUGCUGAUGGUGAUUACUGGCGCUUAUUAAACCCUGGAGAGUACCGAGUAACAGCCAGAGCUGAGGGCUACAGCCUCGUCACUAAGAAGUGUGAGGUGGGCUAUGCGAUAGGAGCCACCAGGUGUGACUUCACCAUUGGCCGAAGUAACUUGUUUCGAAUAAGGGAAAUAAUGGAAAAAUACAACAAGCAGCCAAUCAGGUUGCCGGUGAGGCAGUUUCAGGCCCACAGGCCCAGAGAGAGACGUCUGGGAACAUAAUGACUACAUGAAGAAACCAACGGAGGAAUUAAAAGAAAACAUCUGCUCUGAUGACCGGGCUGGAAUUCAGGCUCAGGUUUGGACAUAUGUCAGGUUCUUCAGAGUGGUGUCAGAAGAAUUAGUAUUUGGAGACUCAAAAUAUGAAUGAAUUUAAAUCUGUACAUUAUUUGAUAUUUGGGUUCUCAAAAGACAUAUCAUCCCCACAUGGUUAACAGCCACGCUUUCAGAGUUUGUUUGUAUCUUGAAGCAGUAUAAAGAUUUCUGCCCCCAUAAUUGUGACAAAAACUAAACAGUUAAGCUAAAAUCACAUUAGAGCUUAUUUUUCCAAAUGAACAUAAACAAAUGGCCAAUGCAAAGCCUGAAUGAAUUUGCCAUUAUGUACAUACAGGUGCACUGCAAUAAAUUAGAAUAUCAUCAGAAAGUAUGUUUAUUUUAGUAACUUAAUUUAAAAAGAGAAACCUGCAUUGCAUAGAUCAAUUAAACGUAGUGAUAUAUUUCAACCUUUUAUUUCUGGUAAUUUGGACAAUAAUAGCUUACAUCGGAUAACAAAUGGAGUCAUGCCAAUUGCUUGUCCACCUUUUUUUAAACACACUUAUUUUAUUAACAUUUUGUUAGUUUAUGUAAUAUUCUAUUUUUUCUCAGAAACUGAAUUUUGGGCUUUCAUUAGCUGUAAGCCAUAGCAAUCAACAAAAACACGAAUAAACACUUGAAAUAUAUCACUUUGUGUGUUAUGAACACACACAAAAUAUGAAGUUAACUUUCUUAUAUAUAAUUACUUAAACAAAUAAAGGUUUCGAUGAUAUUAAUGACAUUCCAAUAUAUUGAGUUGCACCUGUACUUAUUAACUUAUGUAACAGUGGUAUGUAAAUCAUCAUAAAAGCUUUAUUAUCUGCACUUUGAUAUGGGAUUUUUUUAAUACAUUUUCUUUAUUAUUUUUAUUAUAUAUUUUUUUUAAUAAACCUUUGCACAAGUGAACUUG